UUUAAGAUAUGGGAACCCUCAACCACAACAAAAUCAGUCCUUUCAACAAUCCUUCCCAAAUCAUCAAGGUCAAAGCUCCAACUCUAACAUGUCCACGGAGGACAUGAUUCGAGCUCUUGCUACAAACAUGGGCACUUUGCAACAAAAUGUUUUGCAAUUUCAACAAGAAACAAAGUCAAGCAUUCAAAAUUUGGAAACUCAAGUUAGCCAAAUUUCGAUUGCUGUGAGUAGGCUAGAGGCCAAAGAAUCGGGAAAACUCCCUUCUCAAACGGAGCAAAACCCGAGACAACAUGUCAAUGCGAUCAUGACGAGGAGCGGUAAGGAGUUGCAAACAAAGGAGGCUGAAGAAAAAGUUAACAAUGACGCGUUUGACCACAACGAGGGGGAACCAACGAAGACAAAAUUUCCUCCACUUUCAUCAUAUGAGCCACUCCCUCCAUUCCCUGAGGCGCUGAAGGACACAAGGAAGUUGGAGAAUGAUCGGGACAUCUACGAGACCUUCGCCAAUUGUGAGGUAAAUAUCCCACUCUUUAAACUAAUCAAAAGUGUUCCCCGUUAUGCAAAGUUUUUAAAAGAACUAUGCACGAUAAAAAGAAAGAAUAAAUUGAAAGGGAAACAAGAGGUCAAGGUUAGUGAACAUAUCUCGGCAAUUUUCCAGAGGAAACUCCCGGAAAAAUGCAACGAUCCAGGCAUGUUCACUAUCCCAUGCAAAAUAGGGGACACUUUAUUUCCUAGGGCCUUGUUAGAUUUAGGGGCUUCAAUCAAUGUUAUUCCAUAUUCAUUAUACAAGUCCCUAAAACUUGGCCCUAUGCAUGAAACCAGGGUGAUAAUCCAAUUGGCGGAUAGGUCUAGCAUAUACCCAAAGGGCGUCGUAGAGGACGUGCUAAUAAAAGUUGAAAAUUUGGUCUUCCCUGUCGACUUCUAUAUUCUUGAAAUGGAAGCCGAUAACCAAGCUACACCCAUCCUUUUGGGAAGACCUUUCUUAAAAACGUCCCAAACAAAAAUAGAUGUGUCUAAUGGUUCAUUAACUUUAGAGUUUGAUGACCAAAAAGUAGAAUUCAACAUCUUUGAUUCUACAAAAAAGCAAAUAAAACAAUCCCUUUGUUCUCUAAAUGUUUUUGAACCACAAACAUCACCUAUUUUUGUUGAAAAAGAAGCUGAGAAAACCUCACUUUUUGAAGAGGAAGAAAAAAUUGAGCAUAAGGUAGAGGAGAUAACCAAGAAGAAAUCACGGCUUUACUGGAAAAGGCCAAAGAGGAAGAAUGAAACAAGGGAUAUUCACGAUCCCACAUAAAGCAAAAAAAUAAAAAUAAAAAUAACGUCGUGCCGCGACAUUAAAUCAAGCGCUUCUUGGGAGGCAACCCAAGUUUGUAUUUUGAUCAUUUUGUUUAUGUGUGAGAAGAUAUUUUCAGAAAAAAAAAAAUGGGAAUCAAACCCGGCCGGGUAAAAGCCUAACCCGGUCGGGUCUGAGAAAAAAAAAACACAUAACCCGCCCUACACCCGGCCGAGGCAUGCUACAAAUCCUUAAUAUCACAUUGCUACCCGACCGGGUCUCGAACAUACCCGGCUGGGUGAUUACAUCUUGAAGCCACUGCUUUGCCUGGAAACGUAAACGCGACCGGGCGGAAAAUAAUUUUGCAAAACCCGUCCUCUCGAACACAAGACCCGACCGGGUCACUUCAUUAUACCCGGCCGGGUGAUUUGCUAAAUCACUCUCUGGAUAAGUAAUAAUUAAGCCGACCGGGUCAACUUACCCCACCCGGCCGGGUCAUUGCGGACGGAUUCUUUCACAAAAAAAAAAAAAAAAAAAAAAAAAAAAAAAACUGAGCGGGCCAUCCUCUUCCUCACUUCCUCUUCCGCAAACACAAACCAAACUCCGCCAAAACACCAUUUUCAAAACACCAUACAUUUGAACCUUCUCCAUUUCUACACAAAAAUCCAUCAAAUAAACUCACCUUCCUCAUCUCCUCUUCACCCUCUACAUUUCUAUACCCACCAAAACACCCACAACCCACCAAAAAUCCAAAUCACCUUACUCCACAAACAACAAAAGUUGAAAUUUCCUCAACCAAAAAGAAAGAAAUGACACCAAAAAGGGCAAAGAGAUUCACUCUCUUGGACACCUCGGACACCAGCACUAGGGACAGUGCUUUGAUUAGCUUGGGGGGAGAAUUUCAUGGAAAACUCACAUUCAUACUCUGUAUUCUUGAGUUAUUUUCAAAAAAAAAAAAAGAAAGAAAGAAAAAAAAAAAAGCUUGUUAAGUUGAAAACCUGAAAAGGCAACUUAAGCAAAAAUAAAGCAAAAAUAAAGAGUGAGUUGUGAGGAUUAAAACAGAAAAAUGUGGGAAGCUGGGAUGAAAACCCGAAAGGGCACCUAGGCAAAAUGAGAGAAUGAGAGAAAGUAUUUUCUUUUAUUUCUGCAGGAUCCUAAGGGUAAUGAUAAAAAAAAUGAGGUUGAUAAGAAAUAUGGAGUUGAAGACCCCUCUUUACUCUUAUAUUUUUGGGGUUUACUCGAGACGAGUAAAGGUUCAAGUGUGGGGGUAUUUGAUAUGCACUAAUUAGUAGUGCAUAUGUGUGUGUUUUUAUGUUUGAUUUGUGUGGAUUGUUUACCAUUUUAUUUAGUUUGUAAACAUUUGUGUGAUUUUAGUUGUAAUCGUAUUUUAGUUCUCAUUUGUAAGUUGUAAAGUAGAGUUAGGAUUUAUGGUGUUGGAAAGGAAGACUUUGAAGUGAAGAAAAAGGGAUUUUGACUGUCCAGGAGAAAAUACCCGACCGGGCAUAAGAUGUCACCCGGUCGGGUCUGAUUCAACAACUGAAAGUGCCUGGAAAGUGCACUCACCCGGUCGGGUCUUCUAUUCCACCCGGUCGGGUCUGACUUGACCCGGGACACUUUAACAUGCCAAAGAUCGCCAGAACGUGGAGGAUAUUUGAUUUUGACAUGCACCCGGUCGGGUGGGCUCUUUACCCGGUCGGGUACCCGGCCCAAGGUGUUGAAAAACACCUAUAAAUAGCACAUUUUUCCUUCACAAAUAAUGACUCCUUCUUCCAUACUCUUAAGCUCAACUUAGAAUAGUAUUUCUUUUAUUUUUUUUUUUUAGCAUGUUUAGUCUCCAAAUGAGGAGCUAAACUUCCAUUUCUUGGUGUUGCUCUUGAAGCUUGUUGAUUAUUAAAGUUGUGAGUUAUUUUCUUAACUUCUUUCCUUGAAUAUUAAUGCUUCUCUUAAAUACUAUUUCUAUAUCAAUGUUGGGGAGUGUUGCUAAGAUGACAAUUAGUUAACAUCUUGACAUUGGUCUUAGUAAUAGCUAUUCCUUCCUCUAUGUUAAUAUUGGGGAGUGUUACUAAGAUGACAAUUAGUUAACAUCUUGAUAUUAACUAUAGUAGGAUUCAUUUUCCUUAAUAUUCUUCCUUGAGUAUUAAUUAAUUCCUAUUCAUAUUUCAUAUUAAUAUUUUUGAACAUUACUUAAAGGAUCAACUAGUUUUGUUUCAAAUAUUAAUUAUUACUAGAAACGAUCAACGAACCGAUGGUUAAUCGUUGAUGGUUUCACAAGUAAGUAACUUCGGUUUAUUAAUGCACGGUCGUGGUUAGUAAACUUAAGAGGGAUUAAUUUUGUUGGUUAAACCGAAACCGUUGUGUUGAGGUUGUCAAUCUCAAUUGAUUUCAUCAAGGAGUUAAGAGAUUAAAUGCUACUAUCAAGUAGGUAUAUGGCGUUGUUCUAUACUUGACUAAUAGUAAGGGUUAUUAAUGAACGGUCGUUAUUAAUAACUUUCCUCGAUGAAUUGGAUAUACUCCUCGAUUGAGUAUUCGAGAGGAGAUAAGUUAUAGAUAUAACAAUGAUCGACUGAAAUAUAUCAACAAGUGGAAAGUAGCAAUGCCAAGUCCUUUUUAUCUUUGAUUUAAACCACGUAACUCGUUCAUCUUCGUAUUUAAUUUAAUUAAAUCACUCAAUCCCAAAACCCCCUUUUAUUUACUAGUUUAUAAAAAGAGAAUUAUUCCUUUCCCUGUGGAUACGAACUCUACUUCACUAUACUACGAAUUAGUGUUAGUAUUGAAUUUAUUUUGACGCACACACGACAAAGUGCACGUCAUGUGUGCAUGAUUAUAAAGGAAAGUGUAUUAAACUAACACAAAUUAAAAGUGCAUCACUUUUCAGAUAAUAAUUAAAAUAACAAAUACAGAAAUCUAAUAUGGAGUAUCAAAUAUAGAAAUCCUCUUUUGAUAUUUUUUUAAGGAGGUGAAUGUGCACUCUUACAUAUCACUUCCCAUUUUUCAUCUGAAGACCCUUUUAUAUUAGAACUCACCCUUAUAAAUGUGUGUGUCCCAUAUUAUCUAUUACUAGUAGUCUAUUCUAUGAGUCUUCUAUGAAUCUCGUACUUCAUUGCUGAUUUGAGCCUGUUCUUUUUAUUACAAUUGAAACCUUCAAAUAUUUGUAAUUUAUAUAUAUGAUCCGGUUCCAAUAAAAGUAGCUUUAAAAUACAAAAUGCGAACGCUUCCACUUUUGAGCAGGGACGGAGCCAACAUUUAGUAUUAGUCGGGGCCAAAAAGCAAUACAAACAAUAAAGAGAAAAUGAUGUAAAUGGGAUUAAAAUAAAAAUUAAGUUCAAGAAUAUAUUUAUCAUUGUUUUAUUCUCAAAAUAUGACGUAUUCACUCCUAUUUUGACAAAUUUUAAUCAAAUUAUUUUUGGUAGGAGUAAAUAAGAUGAUAAAGAUCUAUUUGAGGAGUAAAACAUAUUUUGUCACAUUUUUAAUCAUAUAUAUGCAAUUAUUUCAUGAGGAAUGAUCCUGUCAAAACUACCUGACAGGAUCCAUCGUCAGGCUGCCUAUGUUUUGACGUGUUUUCGGGUGGACUUUUUUGUGACAGUGUUCUUCAUGAUGAGUAGAUUAUUUACACUAAAUUUAAGUUAAAAUUUUCAUCGGCAAGUCAGUUAAAUAAAUUAUUGAAUUGACUUAAUGGAUUUUGGAGAUCGUUUAUUCAUAAAUGUUGAUAUCUCUGGAGUGUAUUAAACUAUACUUCAUCAUCUAAAUUCAUGAGUUUAAUUGAGAACUGGCAAAUUUUUUGAAGAAAGUUAUCCUAAAAGGAUAAUGUAAGUGUAAGCUUAAAGCAUUAUCAUCCAAAUUCCUCAAAUAUAAAGUUUUUAUGGUAUUUUAAUCAUUGUCAUGUCAUUGCCACAUAAAAAUAUCUCAAAUAGUGUCAAAGCUUAUGGACCCCUCCUUAACCAUGAUCUCAAUUUACUCCAUUAUUAUGGAGUUUCUUGCAAUUUUAAAGAGGUAUUUUAGUCAUUUCAAAUUAAAAGACAUGGAUGCAUUAAAUGCAUUUAUUUAAAGUUGAAAAUAAUCUUUAGCAAUCAAACAUUUGAUAUUUGAUAUUAGGUUUUGUUUUUCUCUAUAUAAGUUUUCAAAAUAAUCACUAUCUUUGACUACAGAUAUCUAAAAAGAUCUUCCACAUCAUCAAUAUGAUCUCCAAAUGAGGAUGCCCUAAGGCUUACCGCAUCUAUGCUUUUUCACAAUAUGCAUUUAAGUUCUGUGAUUUAUUUGAACUUAUCUGAUUCUGUGAUUAGAAAAGUUGGAAUUUUAGAAAGUGCUAAAAUUUUGUGGGAUAAAUUGAAUGAACUGUAUACUGAAACUUCUUUGCCUAACAGGAUGUUUUUACUUGAAAAGUUAUUCAAAUUUAGAUUGGAUGUGUCUAAGGAUAUUGAGGAAAAUCUAGAUGUUUUUACCAAACUUAUUUGUGAUAUUAAGUUGUGUGGUGAUAAGCAUAUAGAUGAUUAUUCCCCUAUUUCUCUUUUAAAUGUUAUUCCUGAUUCCUUUAGUGAUGUGAAAUCUGCUAUUAAGUAUGGUAGAGAUAAUGUGACUCUUGACAUUGUGAUUAAUGGUCUUAAGAGUAAGGAAUUAGAUUUAAAACAGAUGGGCGAGGGUAGAAAAUCCGAGGAGGUUAUGCAUGUGAGGGGUAGAGGUAAUAGUAGACGACAUAGAUCUAAGUCUAGGUCUAAUUCGAGGCGUUGCUAUUAUUGUCACGAAUCUGGUCAUUUCAUAAGAGACUGUCCUAAAUCUAUGGAAAAUGAGCAUAGUGAGCGUACUAAUUUGACUACGUGUGUAGAUGAUUUAGGUGAUGUUUUUAUGAUGAGAAAUCUAUGUGAUUAUGACUAUUUGAGUUCUGUGAUAUCUGAUUCUUUGGGUAAAUCAGAAUGGGUGGUAGAUUCUGAUUGUACUUUUCAUAUGUCCCCUUUGAAAUUUUUUUUUUCAAACUAAAGAGAGAUUGAGCAUGGUUUUGUGUCUUUGGCAAAUGAGAAGAAAUGCAAUGUGCUAGAAAUAGGAGAUGUAUGCCUUAUGUUUUCUUCUGGUUAUGUGCUUACUUUGAAGAAUGUUAGGCAUGUUCCUGAGUUGUGCUGUAAUUUGCUAUCAUGUGCUUCUCUUGAAAAUGAGGGUUUGAAGGCAAAAUGAUGAAAGGGAAUCACGAAAGUUGUGAAGGGUUGUUUAGUUGUUUUCAGAGCUGAGAUGAAAAACUUGUAUGUUUGUCAUGCUGAACCCAUUCUUGAUUCUGUGAAUUGUGUGCAACCUUGUGUGCUAGGAAAACAGUCUAGAGUUAGUUUUCCUGAUCUGCCUAAGCGUACUGAUGUGCUUGAAAUCCGAACUAUUGGUCCUUAUAGUGUUUCCAAUCAGUGGCGGAUCCAGAAAUCCGAAUUAUUGGGGGCAGAAUAUAUAACAAUGACGUACAUGAAAAAAAAUUCUUCAUAAAAUAGUAUCUCAAUAGCCAAAUUUCUAAUCAAGUACGUGAGAAUUUCCAAACUAAAUAAAGUAUAUUAUUACAAUAUAAAAAACCUAAAAAAAGUUCUACCUCCGUUCCAAAAAGAUUGACCAAUUUGACUUUUCUUGGUCAAUGGUGUUAAAGUUUAGACAGUGAUUUUAUAUAUUAUAUUUAUGUGUAAUUUAUGAAUUUUAUACUUUCAUGAAAGAUUUUUAAUAAAAAAUAGACUCAUAGAAAUUUCAUAUUUUAAAUAACUUGUAAGAAAACCAUUGGUCAAACUUGACCAUCAUUGACCAAAAAAAUUCAAUUUGGCCCAUUCUUUUUUGGAUGGAGGGAUCACAAGUGCUCUCCUCGAGUUUCCAUAUUUUUAAAGAGAUUUAUUAUUGUUUCAUUUGGGAAAGUUUCAAAUACAUAUCUUUGUAUACAGAAAACAAGACAGAUUCUCAUAAACCGAUCACCAAUUCUUGAGGAAUUAAAAUAGCAUAUUGAGAAGUAUCAUAAAAAAAAUUCCCAUUAAAUGUGAUCGAUAAGAAAUGCAAUUAUAUGGACGCAAAUAAUACUUUUUCUUGUAGUGUAUAUUUUUAAUAACUAAUAUACUAUUUUGUCUCUUUAUAUAUCUUAAACCUUCUACUAGAGUGGUAGUCAUGUAAAAUUUAUAUUUUACAUGGCUUGCUUAAUUCUUAAAUCGAAAAACUAUACGCCCUCCAUCCCACAUUUAACUUCACAGUUUGAUUUUUGUAGUCAAACUUUGUUAACUUUCACCGUUAAUUAGUUGAAAAUCACAUUAUUUUAUAAUACCGAAAUAUUUUUGAAUGCUUCAUUUUAAUAUAUACUCCCUCCGUCCCAAAAUGAUGGUCCCGUAUUUCCUUUUUGGGAUGUCCCAAAAUGAUUGUCAUGUUUUCCUUUUUGGAAAGAAAGAUGUGGUCCACAUUAUUUCACUUUUUUCUACUCAAAUCUCAACCACAACUUUUACAUUUUCAACAACUUUAUUAAAAUUUGUCCCCAAAAGAAAUGAGACCAUCAAAUUGGGAUGGAGGUAGUAUGAUUGAAAUGUUACUUUAUUAAAAGUUUUAUAAGUCUAUAUUUUUAUAUAUCAAUGGUAAACGUUAAUAUUGGAGACCGUUAAAUGUUGUCUAUGAAGUUAAUUAUGAGACGAAAGGAGUAUAAUAUAACUAAUUGUAAAUAUUGGA